AUGCCUGCAUAUCGGGGCACCGUCCUCCCCGAUGAAAUCCUGUCCUUGAUAUGCGAGGAGCUGGGAAAUGAGAGGGAAUUCGGCUCGCUCUACACAUGCGCACUGAGUUCAAAGUCAUUCGCAGACCCAGCGCUUCGGACAAUGUACCAACUACACCAGCAUUCUCCGGCGUUCGAGCAGAGAGACGACCUGGAUGUCCGGCAAAGGCCGACCGACUUCGCUACCAAGGCCGCUGAACAGGCACAGUUCUAUCGUAAAUGGACCGUGUUAUGGCGCUCCAUCACUCUCUCGAGUCUCGACGACCACGCGACUUACAAACCCUACUGUCGAUACAUCAAAACCCUGGAUUUCCGCAACCUGUCGCUGAUGCUGGAAGACCCCAAGUUCACCGGUCCCGUUCGAAAGCAGUUCUUUGCUGGGAAACUCCAGCCUUUCCACUUCCCAAAGACGGAAUACAAGAGGCAGGUAGUGGAUGUCGUUGCCACGGUCAAUGCAAUCGGAGAUGCGGUGACCACGAAGACGACGCUGUUGGAGGAGAUUGACGGCCAUAUCAGCCCCGGGUUCCUGCCAAGGUGGAUAUCUCGCUCCCCAAAGCUUCAGACUAUGGUGCUCUGGAAAGGUGAUGCCCUGGUCAACGGCGCCGGAGCCGCAAUCGCCGAGCACUGCGAUAAUUUCCACAGCUUGACGUUACGCGAGUGGGAGUCUCCAGACGCAGACGAGGCAUUUGCAACUUUUCUGAACGAGCUCAAGCCGGACACGCUGAGUUACUUUGAAAUGAUCAGCAACAAUAAUCUUGGAAAGAGGUCUUUUCAAGCACUCGGACGGCACAAAACACUACAGCAACUGGAUCUGGGAAGUCUGAAUCAAGAUGCUGUACGGAAUCUGAAUGCGCUCAGGGACUGCACCGAGAUCCAGACGCUUAAGCUCGAAGACAAAUAUGGCAAUGUCCAGCUGGAGCUCCGAAACAACGAUGUAUUUCUAGAAGUCGUUGAUUGGCUAAGCUCUUGCAGAACUCUUAGCGACCUCUCUCUGAAGAAAUUCUUUGAUGGACCCGCGCUGCUCUCGAGAGUAUUGUGUUCGCCUAAUGUGAGGCUGACCAGGUUAUCCCUCGAGGGAUAUACCGUGCGCCACACCAAUUCUCAGUUAUUCCACACUGCACUGGCUGAGCAGAGGUCCCUUGAGUCAGUAUGGCUUAAGGGAAUUGGUGAAGACACGAUGCCCGACGAUCUCUCAUUUAUGGUCGAAGGCUUGUGUAACUUGACAAAUUUGAAAGAACUUGUCCUGAAAGAUGUCUCGGAUGAGUUUUCGGAGGAGCACAUCAUUUCUCUGGCUGUGAGUCUGCCACUUCUUGAAGACUUCUGGACAAGUGGUGGAGAAGUGUCGGCGGACAUCCUCCAACCUCUUGCGAACCUCAAGUACCUGAAGAAUCUCACACUGUACGCCAUGACCCGGUUUACCUUGAGUGCGAUCAUGGAGUUCUUGAUGAAUCUGGAUCCCGAGAGGCAGAAAGGGUUCAACCUGUCGCUGAUGGCCGUGGAUCCCGACUAUGAUUUGGCUGAAGAGAGCCAGGAGAUGAUCCGUGAGUAUAUGCGAGCAAACCUUGAUGGCAGAUUCGACUUUGUCUUGUGGCGUGAGGCGGAGCCAAGUGACAGUGAGGAAGAUUGA